UGCGCUGCGCGUCACGCAGUUUCUCAGUACCGCAGCUCCGAUUCAGUAACUUUACGCGUUUCAGGAUCUGUAAGAUUCUAAUUCGGCGGUGUUUUUAAGACGUAACUCAGCGCUUUGCCUGGUGUAUUUUUGCGGCUCUCUCGUUUGUUUCUGGUUCAGUUUGGAGGCGACGCGGAGAGCGAAACUGCGCUUAGAAAAAGGACCGGAGCAGAAAAGCAGGAGGUCUCCUGUGUGUGUGUGUGUGUGUGUGUCUUCAUCAUGCACGCACGGAUUUGACAUGUUUUCAUUUCCAACUUUGUGAGAAGGCGCAGUAUAAAAUCCUCCAAGACAGUUUGUCGGCACAGAAACAAGGAAGUAUAAAGGAUUGAGACUGUGAUCAGCUUUUUUUUUUGUUGAUUUGGGUGGAUUUUGUAUUUCUUGUUUCUCCAGUAACUGCUCCAAGAAGGGAUGCGCUUCCACUUCUCCCGGACUACAUACUGAAAGCCGGCACGCGCAAUCGCUGCAGCGGCGCUUUAAAGAAGCUACAUUCACCCCGUUCUCCUUUGGCACUAUAACAGUUCUUGGGCAUCUUCAGAGGGGGAACAGUUUAUGUACAGACCUGUGGAAGUGUUCAUCACGGAAAGGGUUGAUCACAUGUGAUUUGGCUGCCGGUGCUUUUUGUUGUUUCACCUGGUGCUCGUGCCCCGGACAGACCCCGGUACCGCGUGCCCGUAUCAGGACCGUGCUGCGCGCUUGAGGUUGUUGGAGAUGGCUCCGGUGGGGACGCUGCUGAUCGGGGCUGUGUUAGUGUGGGUGUCGGUGUUGGGUGAAGAACCAGCCGCUAAAGCCGUAGCCGACCGAUACGCUGUCUACUGGAACCGCACGAAUCCCCGAUUUUACCGAGGUGACUACCACCUUGACGUGUGCAUCAAUGACUACCUGGAUGUCUACUGUCCCCACUACAUGGACUCGGUGCCGGAGGAGAGGACAGAGCGCUACAUGCUGUACAUGGUCAACUACGAUGGCUACAGCUCCUGUGACCACACAGCGACAGGCUUCAAACGCUGGGAGUGCAAUCGCCCUUACUCUCCCACCGGGCCUCUCAAGUUCUCUGAGAAGUUUCAGCUCUUCACACCAUUCUCGCUGGGCUUUGAGUUCCGACCAGGCAGAGAAUACUACUAUAUAUCCUCCACGGUCGCUGAGAAUGGGAGAAAGACCUGCCUGAGGCUGAAAGUUUUUGUCAGACCAGCAAACAACUGCGUGAAAACCGUCAGCGUUCAUGACCGGGUCUUUGACGUCAAUGACAGUAACUCAAUAGAGCCCAGAGACGAUACAAGCCACGAAUCUGCCGAGCCAUCCCGAGGGGACGUCAAUUCUGCUGGACGUGUACAUAUGGCUGGUCUCCCGCUAGUCUCGGCCCUGAUCAUCCUCAUCUCUCACAUAUCAUUAUAGCGGCCUACGUGAGCGUGGGUGCAGUAACAGGUCCCAAUCUUAACGCAGAGGAGGACUCUUAAAAGAGCACUUUUUUAAAAGUAGACAUCAGACGUCCUCAUUAUCUCCACUGAGAUUCAGAACAUGUACCUCUAAUGAGGAGAUGCCAGAACGCCAGUCGAUGUGAGUGGGAUCUUCUCAUCCGGGAUUCAUUACAGGAAGGAUCUUGGAGGAUAUCGGUACACUACCCAGAUACAUGUAUAUGCAUACACACAUCUUCUUUCAUCAAGCAAUGACUUACCUUAAAACGGAAGGUUGAAAAGACUUAUAUACUCAUUAGUUUUUUGGGGUUUUUUGGACAUUAUAUUUGUAAAAGCAAUGGCAGACUCCCAUCAACAAGAGCCAGAUGACUAAUUUCUGGAAGCAUGGGAACAUUUUGGACACAACUAUGUACAGGACUGAUGGAGAACUGGUUUCAGAGUGUACCUUUUAAAAAAAAAAACAGAAAGAGAUCAUUUUUAAUGGGACGAGUCUUUACCUGAGGACUUUAUUGUUGUUUUUAAGAAGUUUUCUUAUAUAAAAAGAAAUAAGCACUCGUCUGUUUUGUACAUUGUGUACAGUUUAAAAAGCAGAAUACAAAGUGGAGACUGUAUUCUUGAAGUGAAAAAGUGAUCAAGUGUAGUAGCAACAGUGGUAUUUUGCUAUAGAGUUUGAAGCCUCACUGAUCAGUUGUUUAAAUUAAUAUACAGUACAUAUUUGUUUGACAAAAGCAUUUCCCCCUAUUUAUUACUCAUUAUUUCACCCACAACCACUGCAGCUAAUAGUGAGGUUUCACCCUGCGUUCACACUAGCAAUCAGCAGUGUACAGUAGGUGUGGCCUGUCUAGCUUGUUGAAGUAAGCAGUAAUACACUGGGGUACAUGAUGUUAUGGGAAAAUAAUCAGCAAUGGGAUGGAGUGAUGUGACAUGACACAGUGGAUUAUUUUCCUGUAGCAGCAUGUACUUUUAUCCUCUUUAUGCCACAGAGAUUUGCCAACUACACUUCUUUUAAGAACAACACUUUUUGUACUUUUUAUCCAUUUAUAGUUACAUUUAAUGUUGUUGAACAUCCACAAAGUUAAUUCCUGUUAUCACUUAACAUGCUGUUUUUUUCUCUUUUGAAGUUAAUAAGAUAAAAAAUCAAAGCUUGUCAUGUUACUGAGGAACCACAAAGCAGAAACGAAAAAUCUAAAAGACUUUCCUGUGUCGGAAACCUUAAACUUACACCUUCACGUCUGAAUGUUACAAAGCGCUAGAGACUUCAUUCCAUAAAUAUUAAAUAAACAUCUCCUUAUAGAAACCAUCUACUUAACAGCGAUUACACUUUUUUUGCCUGCAUUUUUUAUGACUUUUUUUUUUUUUUCAUUUUAAGGUGAUAUGGCAUGUCCAACAUGAAAGUCCCUGUGAAUUGGCUGUUACAGUAUAAACGCUAAUGUAAUAGACAUUAGAGCAUUAACAUAAACAUGCAAUUUGCAGCUGCACUACGGUCAGGGUUGUUGUAUAAAAGAUUAAUCAACAUCUCUGACAAAUCAGAACUAAGAAAUGGUUACUGCUGUAGUAUAAGCACUGAUCACAAAUGGUACUAGACAAUUGUACAGUUAACUGUAUACACAUAACUUCUGUUUAGGGCAAUGAUUCAAAUGUGACUGCUGGGCCCUUGAGCAAGGCUCUUAACAAUCAAUUGCUUAGCUGUGUGAAAGAGAUAACUGUAAGUUGCAGUGGUUAAUGGUAUCUGCCAAAUGUUAAAAAUCUUUUACGUUUUCUCCAAAUGCUUUUGAUUAGAAAGGAACUGAAUUUAGUUGAGAGAUAGACGAGACACUGGCCAAUCCUGACAAAUGACUGGUCCAUGAAAUUUACAGAACACAAUCACUUACUUAAUGCCUUAUAUAUAAAAUCACACACAUAUCCACCAUACAGUAAAUUGUUUUGGGACAUUUUGUCGUUCUUUAGUUGUGUCUUAAAGCACAGCUGAUAUUACUCUGCACACAUGUUGUAGCGCAUACUUUCGACACAGGAUUUAAUUUCUCACUAAUUUUAACUAAAAAACUAUAAAACUAAAUCCCAAUUAUUUUUUUGCAGUCAGUAGAAUCACAGCUUUGUCGUAUAUGACUUGCACAGGAAAUAAUUUGGUUGCUUGCUUGUGUGAACACAAGGUCAUUAAAUAUAUAUUUUUUAAGAAAAAACAAGCAAAUAAGCCGAGUUAGAUGUUAGGACAGGUUGACAUCUUUUUUAUCGGUCCAUUCAACUGGGUCCACAUUGACUAAAUGAUUGAUUUACAAUUUACAGCUAACUAAGCAUUAACCUAAAUCCUAUGAUGGGAUAUUCUGAAUAUUUUAAUGCUAAGUGAUUAUCACCUGCUGCACACAAACCAAACCAAAACAAAACAAUAAAACAUAACACCAUGCGCCAUCUGCACACAGUUUAAAGCAUCGGGAAACGUUCUAAUAUCUCGAGUAAGUGUAAAAAUCAUUUUCUUAAAGACAUAUAAAAGAAUAUUUAACACCUCCAAGUUUCGCUUUCAGCUUCUUAAAGACAUAAACAUGAUAUGUGAAUGGGGAGGUGAUGCUGACAAAGCAUUACACUGUAGCCGGCCCUGGUGGCAGCUGGAGGCCUGGAGUGAUUUAAUAGACUGUUUGAAGUCGUCCAGGAUGACAGGAAUGCAGGCCACAUACUGUGGCCUCAUGUGGGUCAUUUCUGGAAUUAAAAAUCGACUUGCGCGUCAGACCGCACCGGUGUCCACUUCAGUGGUAGGCUAACGUCACUGGCACGAACUCGAACAAGUGGGGAAGGGGACAAAUGUCUUUGUUGCGAUCGAUAGUAGUGGCUUUGCAGAUUGAAUAAAAUUCUAUAUUGAAUAAAAUAUUUGCCUCGGUCUCUGUGCUGGUUCAGAUUUUCUUCACAAUUUACAGUUAGAGUGUGAGUGACUAAAAAGAUAAAAGAAAGAUGUCCAAUUAAAUAUUAAAGGACUACAAUUUUAACCUUACAACAAAUCAUCCAUGUUUGAUGUUGCUUUUUAAACAUAACUAAUAUAAUCAACAAGUACAUGGAUUUUAUAACCAAUCAGUUGGUCCUCGCCUAAACUGCAGUCACAUUUGCAAUAUAAAGUUUUACAAAAUAGUCUAAAUUGUAAGGUUGGAAUAUUUAGAGUAAUUAUCAUUAGUUUAAAAUGAUUAAUUUUUCACUAUUUAAUGAGUUAAUAAAAUCUCAUUCCUUUCAGCAUCAAGAGAUCAACCGUUUAUAGCCUUGCCAUUUUUUCCAAUUUUAUGUUGAGCUACAGUAAACAACAAAUAGAACAACUCAACAAAUGCUAAAAUAGAAGUUGAAAUUUUUUUAUUGAAAUGAAACAAAUUUAUUGAUUGGUGAUUGAUUGCAGUGUGCUGCUUUAACAAAAUCUUGUUUUUUUUUUUUUUUGUUUGUUUGUUUUUUUAUAACAUAGGAGAAUAUCGAUCCUAAUUUUAUGGAUACUGUGUAUCCGUAGGUUGUCUAUGUGAUAUAUGAUAUACAGUGAUUAUAGGAGUGAGACGUUUAACAUACAAAAAAAGAUGAUAAAUUACAGUGUUCAUGAACAUGUUCCUUUCUUUUAUAUGUGAUGCUGGUGAUUUUCCUGUGCAUGAUUUUAGUGGUGUGUUGGAUCACUGAACUAUGGAUCAGUAACACGAGUGGGUGGUUUUUCCUUUCUAUGCAGGUGGAUAUGAAGCUUGCAGAAGAAAUGGAUGCAGGACAGCCAUGAUCUUUAACAUGACAGCAUGUAGAAUGCUUGUGAAGCAAUACAUGACAAAUUUACGAUGUUCGUUCAUUCGUUCGUUCAUUUGUUCAUUUGUCCUUUAAUUUUUAGUAACUUCUUUAUCCCGGUCAUGGUUAUGGUGGCUUAUAUGACUUAUUUGUUAACAUUUUUGGAAAUCUUGUCCACUAAGUUAGAAAAUAUUGGACAAGUGAAAAUAAUAGCCAUGUAGUCAAUACAGUUUGACAUUAAUCGUGAAUUAGCCUUAUUAAAUAAGAAGAAGCAAUGCAUCUUCAAAGUCCUUCAACUCCAAAACCUGCAACAUUGCAAAAUUUCCCUGUGAUAUGACAUCAAUGGGGUUCAGUGUUGACUGUAACUGGUCUCUACAUUUCUGGAUAAAGGAAAAGCUUGUUAAAGGAGUAACGAAAUGACAGCAGAAUGAUAAUGAUGGUGAUGAUGAUGAUGAUGAUGAUGAUGAUGAUGAUGUUUUAACUUUAACCAAGCAUGAGUCAUUGCACCCAUGAUUGUUUUUGAUUGUUGCAUUUCCCCUUAGCACUGUAACAUGAUCACUUAAUAUGUAGAUUCACACUCACCUGUUUCAGACAUGGGCCAUCUUCAAGAAGUCUGGCUCGGUUCCUCUGCACGCUGGUCAGCUUUACCUGAUGCUUGAGAUCUUCUGCUUUAUGUAACACACAUUUUUAUAUCCUCAAAUGCCAUUGUUUGUAAAUACACUUGUCAGAGCAGCUAAAACUAAUUAAAAAAGAUUCAAUAAAUCUGUCAUUGUUGUAAA